AUGGCUGGAGGUGUCAGUAAAGCGGUCACCAACGCGAUGGAUAUCGGUGCCAAUAGUUUUGCUCUUUUCCUCAAAUCGCCCCGGAAAUGGGUCUCGCCAGACAUCAAGGAUGAAGAGGCGUCGGAAUUCAAGCGUCUUUGCGAGAAGUACAAUUACAACCCACGAACAGAUAUCUUACCCCACGGAUCGUACUUUAUCAACUUGGCCAAUCCUGAUGCAGAGAAAGAAGAAAAAGCCUACGGGCUGUUCUUGGACGAUUUGAAGCGUUGUGAGAAAUUGGACAUUGGUCUUUACAAUUUCCACCCCGGUUCCAGUUUGGACGGCGAUCGUUCGGAGGCGUUGAAGCGUUUGGCGAAAAACAUCAACCGUGCGGUGAAAGAAACAUCUUUUGUCAAGAUUGUCAUUGAAAACAUGGCUGGCCACGGCAAUUUGAUUGGUUCGGACUUGCAAGAUAUCCGUGAUGUCAUUGAUAUGGUGGAGGAUAAGUCCAGAGUCGGUGUUUGCAUCGACACGUGCCACACUUUUGCUGCUGGAUAUGAUAUUAGUGACAUGGAAAAAUGGCUGGCGUUUUGGGCAAAGUACGAGGAGAUCAUCGGAUGGGAGUACUUGAGUGCUAUCCAUUUAAAUGAUUCCAAAGCGCCUUUGGGCGCAAAUAGAGACUUGCACCAGAAACUUGGCUACGGCUUUUUGGGGCUUGAAGCCUUCAGAAUCGUGGCUAAUGACCACAGACUCCAAAAUAUCCCCAUUAUCUUAGAAACCCCAGUCGGAAAAGACGACUCCGUGUACGGAGAAGAAAUUAAGUUGUUGGAGUGGCUCCAGGACAAAAAAAUAGAUGACCCAGAGUACAUGGAGCGGAGCGAGGAAUUGAGCAAACUCGGAGCUAAAGAGAGAGCAGAGCACUUGAAAAAGUUCGAGACCAAGGCCGCUAAGUUGGAGAAGGCAAAGAGAAAGGGAACUGAUAUCCUGUCACUCUUGAAGAAAAAGAAGGUCAAGACUGAAAAAACCGUUGAGAUUCAGAGUGUGGAAAUCAAAGAGAACGACGCAAGUGUGGAGAUUGUGACGGAUAAAAUACUUAAGGUCGAAAAGGAAGAUUGA